AUGUCCUCCAUUCUCCCGUUCACUCCUCCAGUGGUGAAGAGGUUGCUGGGUUGGAAGAAGUCAACCAAUAGUCAGGGAGGAGCAGGUGGUGGUGAGCAAAAUGGGCAGGAGGAGAAGUGGUGGGAAAAGGUUGUAAAGAGCUUGGUGAAGAAGUUGAGGAGGACAGGUCAGCUUGAUGAGUUGGAGAAAGCGAUCACAACCCAAAACUGCAACACUAAGUGUGUCACCAUCCCCAGCAGUUGCGCUGAAAUAUGUGGGCUGAGUUCACCACAUAUGAUAGAACAGUGGGAUACAUCAGGCCUGUACAGCUAUCCUGACCAAACCAAAUCCUUGGAUGGCCGCUUGCAGGUAUCCCAGAGGAAGGGGCUUCCCCAUGUUAUCUACUGCCGAUUGUGGCGAUGGCCAGAUCUUCACAGCCAUCACGAGCUGCGUGGUAUUGAGGCAUGUGAGUAUGCCUUUCAUCUCAAGAAGGAUGAAGUCUGCAUCAACCCCUACCAUUACCAGAGGGUGGAGACCCCAGUGCUGCCUCCUGUUCUCGUGCCAAGACACUCAGAAAUCCUGCCAGAGCUGCCACCUCUUGAUGACUACACUCACUCCAUACCUGAGAACACAAACUUCCCUGCAGGAAUUGAACCUCCAAACAACUAUAUACCAGAGACACCUCCACCAGGCUACAUCAGUGAAGAUGGGGAGGCCAGCGAUCAACAGAUGAAUCAAAGUAUGGACCCAGGUUCACCUACAGAGCUGUCCCCCAGCACUCUGUCUCCUGUCAAUCACAGCAUGGACCUGCAGCCUGUGACUUAUUCAGAGCCGGCCUUCUGGUGCUCUAUAGCCUACUACGAGCUGAACCAGCGCGUUGGGGAGACGUUUCACGCCUCACAACCCUCCCUGACAGUAGAUGGAUUUACAGAUCCAUCCAACUCAGAGUAA